CAAGCCAAUGAAUUCUGGUGUCUUAUUAGUGUAAUUUUUAGAUUUUAUGCCCCAACGGGAUACUGUUUUGAUGAAAUUUCAUUGGUGAUCGAGGAAUUUGUAGGACGACAUGUUAUUUGCGAGACAACUUGCGGGAUGAAAUGUAGUGUCAUAGUCACAUAGAAAGAAGUAAUUUUUUAACACAUAAUUACACAUUCAACUGCAAAAUGGCGAUACAUCUUAGUGAAUGGACUUGUGAUGAUGUCGAGAAGUGGUUGGUUGAGCAAGGUUUUGCUGACUACUGCGACAUUCUGUGCCGCCAGCACAAGCUUGAUGGCCAAGUACUUCUCAUGUUGACAGAGGACGAUCUGAAGCAGCCGCCAAUUAAACUAACAGUGUUGGGCGACAUUAAGCGAAUCAUGAACAAAAUCAACCAUCUUAGAGCUAGUGACCCAGCUUAUGGACCCUUUUUCCUUAACAAUGGCAUUGGUUUAUCCAAAAUGAAUAUGAUGGCUAAUUCUCAGAGUGCAUUGCCAACAGGCUAUUCUUCAGGUGACAUUGAUUCUAGCGAGAAACUCAUCCUAUCCAACCAUGAGUUGUCUUACAAAUCUGCAUCUCGUCCAUAUAUGAGAUCUUCCCAAGAGAGGGAAUCCAAGUCCUUGGACCCAGAACUAUGGAAGACUUUUCUGAGCUUUGUUUAUGUCUUUUCUGUAUUUCUUUUGACAGCUUUUGUAAUGGUGAUUGUACAUGAUCGGGUACCAGAUAUGCAAAAAUACCCACCACUGCCUGAUUUGUUUUUGGACAAUAUGCCUUACGUGCCGUGGGCCUUUGAAGCCUGUGAACUAGUUGGUACUACCCUUGCCAUUAUCUGGUUCGUCGUGCUAAUCUUUCAUAAACACAGGUUCAUCUUACUUCGACGCAUGUUUUCUCUUCUUGGCACAAUAUUCCUGCUGCGCUGCGUGACAAUGCUGAUUACCUCAAUGUCAGUUCCAGGCCAGCAUCUUCAGUGUGUGGGAAAGAAGUUUCGCGGGCUGGAUGGCACCUCGUCGCGGGCCGGAUAUGGCCCGCGGGCCGUAGGUUGGGCAUCCCUGGCAUGGGAGACUAUUUUCAAGAUGCGAUAUGGUGAUAUGUGGUCAAGGAUACAAAGGACCUUCGAUAUCUGGUGUCGUUUGGGCAUGAGCAUACAAGGCGUGAAGAGCUGUGGAGACUACAUGUUCAGUGGUCAUACAUCCAUCAUCACCAUCCUUAAUUUCUUCAUUACUGAAUAUACACCUGCAAGUGAAAUGUAUUACCUUCAUAUGGUCUCUUGGGUACUUAAUGUUUUUGGUAUUUUCUUUAUCUUGGCUGCUCAUGAACAUUAUUCCAUUGACGUUUUCAUUGCCUUCUACAUUACUUCUCGCCUCUUCAUGUAUUAUCAUACACUUGCCAACAACCGUUCAUUGAUGCAACAGGAUGCAAAUAGGACAAGGGUGUGGUUCCCUCUAUUUUCAUUCUUUGAAUCACGUUGUGAUGGUGUGGUGCCCAAUGAAUAUAAGUGGCCUUUCAAAAUGCCCAAGCAAAUUAAAGAGCUUUUUAAAAGGAACCAAACAUCGACACCAAAUAGAAAAGAUGACUAAAUAAGGUAUAAGUUGUGCUGGAAUUGAAAAGUUUUUUUAAAGAAAAUUGCUAGGGUGAAAUUUUCUUUUUACUUCCUUUUUCAAGCGAUGAAAAAUCUUGCCUAGAACUAGAAACCAUAAUGUCUGUCCUAAAAUAUUUAUCCGAAACUUUGGAGGGGAACCAGUGCCAAAUAUUUAUGCUUGGCUUGUUUUCUUUAUUUAGAUGGUGUGAAGGUUUGUUUAUUUUAAACAAAGUUUAUUUUUAAAAGCUUUAUGUCUAGAAACAAAAGUUUAUGUGAACAGCAUUUGGUUUUUUAAGUGGGCAACUAUCUGUAAUAAAUUUCCCAUCCUUAUCAGUAUAUAUAUACACUUCUUUGAAAAUGUCGUGUCUAUAAGACUUUCACGUGGCUACAUUACCAUUUACAAUCAAAGAUUAUUCUCAACUAUUUCUAGGUGGCUGAAAUAAACAUUUAAAACAUGGCUAUACAGUCAAACUUUUAUAAGUUAAAGCUUAUGAAAAAAAAAAUAAAGUUACAGAAGGUUCAAGUUAAGGAAGUUGGUCGAAAAAAAGAACAUUUUUUCACUGUAGACUUAUUUUUAUUUCUGCAAGUGCUCAUGCGUCGUUAUUCCCAGCCAAAAAGUCUUUAUGGACAUCUGACAACAAUUUCUCUUUAUUUCUUUCAUAAUAAAUGAGUCGAUGAUGGUCAAAAAUGUUCAUGAGUACGUCUUCACACUAUUCAAUCAGUGAAUGAAUAUGUCAGCAUGGUUCUUGCCUCCUUCAGGGUCGGAAGGAGUACACAAUUUUACACUUGCCGACAGAUUUUCAAAUGGUUUCAUCAUGCUGACCGGCUUAAAAUUAUUCCAGCUGUGGAAGUUUUUGACGAGGCCGAUUCAAGCUAUGAAAGUUGAAUAUGCAUUGGUUUAAUGGGAAACCAACCAAAUGAUGUGUAAAGUUUGAGUUAGGGAAACUUUCAACUUAUGGAAGGUCAACUUACAGAAGUUCAACUGUAAUUGGUAAAUGGAAAGAGUUUAGGUGGUGUCACUAAAUGUUCAGCAAGAAUCUCUUUUUAUUGUUGGCUGAUUUCUGUUUGGUAUAUGUGAAGUUAUAACCAAGAUUGUUGGUACACUAUACACCUAGAUAGAACUGCUUCCUGAAAAAUCUUUACAAAAUGUAUCCUAAUUGAUUGUUAAAGUGUGCCAUGAAAAAAAGAAAACCAAAUAGUAGAGAUAAAUACAUGAAUCAUCAGUAAGAUUUUUUUCACUUGUUCGGCACUUGAAAAAGCAUUCAAAAUUAAAUAGCUCCAGUGGCCUAGGAAAUGAUUAAAUACAGAAUAAAAGUAGCAAAUUUCUGUAACAGUUGUAUUUCCAUUGGUGGUUGACCAUUCUGCUGAUGUAGCUGACAACACCAUAUUUAAUGUCAAGGCAUUAAAGUUAUAAAAAUAUUACUUGGGCAUUAUCAUAAUUAUUAUAUAUUAUCAGUGGUAAUUACAUUUUGCCAUUAGCAGUGAUUAAUGAGAGUACAUGGGCUGUCCUUGUCAGCUACAUGCGACCAUUAAACUUUCAUAUUUUGAAAGCGAGUUUUUGUUAAUGUCAAGGCAUUAAAGUUACAACAUGUAGGCAUUAUCAGAAUAAAUAUCAUCAUUGGUAAUUUCCCAUAAGCAGUGAUGAAUGAGAGUGCAUGGGGUGUCCCUGUCAACUCGUGCCGUCAGAUUUUGUAGGCAGGUUUUGUGGUGGUCUGUUUCUUUUUACAGGUAUUUCCAAAGAAAAAGAUCAGCACUAAAUUGCUUUUAAAGAAGGAUAAACAGAUCUGAGUUCCUUAAUUUAGAAAUGCUAGAGAGUGAGUACUUAUUCUGUCUGAUAGAAGAUUUACAAUCCUGCAAUGAGAGAGAACAUUUAUUUGAGAAUAUAUGGAGCAGAUUUUAAGAACAUAAUAAAAACAUUUAGUAACAUGUGUCCAGAAACUUCAAUAAACUCAAAUAAAAAACCAAAUCAAACCAUAAAUAACAAAAUUCUUUAUCAGGUUAAUCAAGAGACAUAUUUUUGAUAAUUUUAUACUUCUACAUGAGCUUGAUGUUGUAGCCAGUAUAGUCGAGAAUUAAAGUCUAAUAUAGAUAUGGUUAGUAUUUUGGUAAUGUGUGGUAUCGGGGUCUUUCAAGGGGGAAAGGAAGAGUGUGGAAUUUUAAAAUUUAAAGAGACCUUAAACUGUACAAACCCAGAAGAGCUUUCCACAUUAGAUGUAAACUUUUCAACAAUUUGGAAAGUUCUUUUUUAUGAUGCUUAGUUUAUUAAAAUGUGUUCUGUAACAGUAUUAAGUACACAAUCAGAUCAGCAUGUUUGAGGUAUGUGUCAAACUAUGCACUGUGUUGUGCUUGCUGCAAUGUGAAGCUGUUAGGGUAACUCAUAUUUGGCAAAUUUUCUAUCAAUAAAACGGGGUACAUUAUUGUGUAAAUAUAGAAUUUGUUUAAAGUUAUUGCUCUGUUGCAUGAGACAGAGUGUGAGAUGGUCGUAUCUCACAAUUGAUGAAUGCAUGAAAUGCUUAAUACAGAACAAAUAAUACAAAUGCUGUAUGUCUAACUAGCCUGCUCAGUAUUGUUCAAAUGGUGCCAAGACCCUGGUGAAUAUUUUUUUUUUAUCUCAUUACUUUUGCAAAUGUUUUUCCAUCAUUUCUUUACUCUUAGUCUUUGUGUACCCCAGGGUUAAGACCUUUAAAAUAUAUUUAAGAUGUGAGAAUAUGUUCAUAUCUAUGUGCACAAAAAAUCAGCUACCUUAUUCAGGAUGCAAGUAAAUGUCUUGAAACAUUUCGUCCAAAUCCUGUAAAAUUUUAUAUGAAUUUUUGUUAUAGUUUGUUUCCACUGUAUUGAGAACAGCAUUGCUAGUUUAUUCAUAGCCAUAAUAAGAUUGAACAGGUUACAGGAGCUUAUGGCUCUGUUAAUCUUUAUGCAUGCAAAUGCUGAUGUGAUGUUCAUAUUUAUGAACUGCUGUAAUUUGAUGUAAUGUGAUACUAUGAAUCUUCAUAGGCGUUUUUAUGUCAGUCAUAGUGUCAGCUUUGCGUGCCCUUGAUCUUCAUAUUUAAUAAACUGUCUGCAAUAGAGGGUAACAGAACAGAUAAGUAGAAAUUGUUACGCACCAUCAUGUUAAUGAAUAACACACUAAUGGAAAAAAAUGCUUCAUUGUGGACUCUGCGAUCAGAUCACCUGUUGACCAUUUGCAAAGAGUAUUAUAAUAUUUGACUGUAUGAAGGAAAAUUCUUAGCUUGUUACCAUGAACACAACAAUUACCUAAGUCAAAAUAGAGUUAAGCCAGUUCAAAGAAUCUGCACUGUGUGUUGAGCAGUGCAAUCUUAGUUUAGAAUCAAUUGUUGAUCUUUUUGUCUUGAACACAUUUUAAAUGUAGUAAAACCAAAUGAUUACAUUUUAUUACAUUUCUUCAAAGAGCUAGUGCAUCUUUGACCAGUGCCUGUAAUUUGAGGGAUCAAUUGAACUUGUGAUAUUUUUUAAACUUAAGGAGAUUUUGCAUUGAGGAUCUUUUAAUAUGUCCAUCAAAUUUUACAAAACCUGUUCUCCUGAUAAUGGUAGGCUGAACAUAAGCGCAGUUUUUAAAAAAAAAAUGAAAGGCAGAUGUUUUUGUGUAAUCUUUGCUGAUAUGAUGAAAUUUAUGAGAAUAUCAUGACAACUGGGUCAGCAGCUUCCAUCAGACUGGUUCUUUCAUUUUUGCUGUGUAUACAUAUGCACUGCUGACUGUAGGUCAGAGCUGUCUAAUCUCAUGCAUAAAAGCAUACAGAUUUAGCAAUACCUCACCAUGUAAUAAUUUCAUACCCCUGAAAAAUGUUAUCAGACUUCUGAUGUGCUUCUCAAUGCUUUUGCAGCCACUGGAACACUGCUACUUUUUUACUUGUUUACCCUAUUUUUGAUAUUCAUGCUGUUAGAAUUUUAUGUUUUCUAGUCUGUUUUAUUCUUUGAAAGAGGUCUCUGUUUUUACUAUAUUAGUAAUAUUUUGAGACCAUGUUUGACAAUUAUAUUUUAUUUGGUGUUUGGAAAUGUGAGAUCAGUAGACAUAAGUCAACAUUUAAAAAAAAAAAUUAUUGACCAUCGUCAGUCAGUUCUCACAGUAUUUUUGUUUUCAAAUGUUUAAAGUUCAGACUUUAACAGGAUUGAUGCUUGUCUUUAAAAUACCUUUAUUAUGACUUUAAUUGGUACUUGCUGAAGUUGGGGUUUGAAAACUUUCUUUAAAGAAGUGUGUACUCAUCUUUAAACUCAUGGCUUGGUGGGAUGGGGAUUUAGCUAAUAAAAGUACCUUUUUGUUAAAACCUAAACACUUGUAAUUUUUUAAAAACUUAGCUUCUGUGCAUUCAGUGCCUCUCAGUGAUCUCAUGUUUUCUUCUAGAAGAUGCUUUUCAAUUUUAAGAGAAUAUGUGUUUGUUUCUUUAAAAAUAUAACAUUUCUUAUAUAAAAGCAUUAAUUGUCCAGGUGAGUUUUUCUUUGCAAUAAUAGGGUAGUCACAAAAACUUGUUAACUGGUGCCAUUUAUUCCAUUGGUCUAAUGUUGAUGACCCAUAAAUGUGAUACUAUUUUGUAAUUAAAACAAAUAUUACAUACUGAAACUGCUUGCAUGGAACUUGCCUGAGGAAAAUAUAUAAGAGUUGUACAUAUAC